CAUUCCUUUAUAUAUUAACUCACCCUUAUUCCAUCAACAAAUCAAGCAGCAAUUCCUCUAGCUGCACUGCACUGCACCACUCAUAAUGGAGUCCUUGUCCCAAGAUGAACUCCACCAACCCAUCUUAAACUCAACUCAGGAAGUUCAUGAUCACCCGCCAGUGCCACGGUUCUCAUCCGGAGCACACAUAGUGGAUACUCGUCUGGAACAGGUACUAUCCGACACAGAACUACCCUGGCUGAAGCGCCACCUCUCCGCCACAUGGAUCGAACUCAACCUCCUCUUCCCCCUCGCCGGACCAGCCAUCCUCGUCUACUUGAUCAACAACUUCAUGUCCACCGCUACUCGCGCCUUCGCCGGCCACCUCGGCAACCUCGCCCUCGCUGCUGCUAACCUUGGCAAUGAUGGAAUCCAACUCUUCGCUUAUGGCCUAAUGUUGGGAAUGGGAAGCGCGGUGGAAACAUUAUGCGGACAAGCAUACGGUGCUCACAAAUACGAUAUGCUAGGAAUUUAUAUGCAAAGAGCAUUCAUCGUUUUGACAAUAACUGGAAUUCCAUUAACCGUGGUCUACGUUUUCUGCAAACAAAUUUUGCUAGUGCUUGGUGAAUCAGACGACGUGGCAUCUGCCGGUGCGAUCUUCGUGUACGGUUUGAUCCCGCAGAUCUAUGCUUACGCUUUUAACUUCCCAAUUCAGAAGUUUCUGCAGGCGCAGAGCAUCGUGGCACCGAGCACUUACAUCUCUGCCGCGACGCUCGCGCUGCUGAUACUGCUGAAUUGGGUGGUUGUGUACAAGUUGAAGUUCGGGCUUCUUGGGACAUCGUUGGUGUUGAGCUUUUCGUGGUGGAUCAUAGUGGUGGCGCAGUUUGUUUAUAUUGUUACUUCACGGAAGUGUAGACACACAUGGAGUGGGUUCAGUUUUAGAGCGUUCACUGGGCUUAGGAGUUUUUUCAGGCUGUCGAUUGGGUCGGCGGUGAUGCUGUGCUUGGAAACUUGGUAUUUUCAGAUCCUGGUGCUUAUUACUGGGUUGCUGAAGAAUCCUGAGCUUGCUCUUGAUGCUGUCGCUGUUUGCAUGACAAUAGCAGGGCUGUUGCUCCAAUUUGCAAUUGGAUUUAAUGCAGCUGCAAGUGUGAGGGUGAGCAACGAGUUGGGGGCAGGGAAUCCCAAAGCUGCUGCAUUUUCAGUUAUUGUUGUGAACACGCUUUCGUUCAUAAUUGCGGUGAUAGAAGCAGUGGUGGUUCUUGCACUUCGUCACGUUGUGAGCUACGCAUUCACUGAAGGUGAAACCGUUGCCAGAAAGGUAUCAGAGCUGUGUCCUUACUUGGCGGUCACUAUCAUUCUCCAAGGGGUCCAACCGGUACUAUCUGGAGUGGCUGUUGGAUGUGGAUGGCAAUCCCUUGUGGCAUAUAUAAACGUGGGCUGCUAUUAUGUGAUUGGAAUUCCAGUGGGCUGUGUUUUGGGCUUCAAAUUCGACUUUGGCGUGCAGGGAAUAUGGUCAGGCAUGAUUGGGGGAACAUUGCUGCAGACCAUCAUUUUAUUAUGGAUCACAUUCCGCACUGAUUGGGAUAAAGAGGUGAAUGCAGCCAAAAAACGAUUAGACACAUGGGAAGACAAGAAGGAACUAUAGGCCCAGAGCUGAUAUACAUGGUGUGCAGGACCUAGUGGAGUAUAUCAUCCUUUCUGUGUCCCAAAGUUUGAAUCAAUCCAAUUGUUCAAAACCAGCUUUGUUCUUCUUUCAUCCAAUUUUUUUUCCAAUAUCUCUGCAUCCAAAUUUGAACUGUUGAAUUGGUAUUUUGACAAUCUGAAAAAGCUCAUAGUAUAGUCCAAGCUUUACUUCAGGAACUGAGCUCCUGGCUCUCAAGUUCUUUUAGAUUGUUAAAUAUUAAUGACUCAAAUAUCGGAUGGAGACAUGUUGGAUGGAUUGAGAGGAUCGAAAUUCGUUGAAAACAUACCUUAAUAAUUUUGAAUUGGAGUGAGUGAUAUAGAAUAAAGGAUUUCGUUAAUUUUGUGAUCAUUGUUUAAUGUUAGUUUUUUUGUUAGAACAAUGCUAUAUGCCGCGAGAAAGUUUUUGCACAAUUUGCACGGAUAGCCAACCAAUAAAUGUUGUUCUGCUGGAAAUCAUGGAUGAUCAAUUAAAAAAAUUUGAAUGGACAUUAAUCAUGUGUAGCGACAUAA